AUCACUUAACCUAAAGUUUUUAUUCACAUAACAUUUCCAGUAACAAUGGAAUCUCCAUUACUCAUUCUCAUCACACUAUCAUUCCUUUUUCAAUCAGUUGUUGUUUCUUCACAAACUCUAUCAAACUCUUCAACAAUCUGCAAAACGACACCGGAUCCAAAAUAUUGCAAAUCCGUUUUCCCACAUAGCCAAGGCAAUGUUCAACAAUACGGCCGCUUCUCUAUCCGCAAAUCGCUAUCGCAAUCGCGAAAAUUCAUUCGCACCGUCGAUAGAUAUAUCAAACGCAACGCUCAUUUAUCUCAACCUGCCGUUAUCAGAGCUCUCCAAGAUUGCCGUUUUCUCGCUGGUUUAACAAUGGAUUACCUUUUAACGUCGUUCGAAACCGUUAACGACACGUCAGCAAAAGCCUCUUUCAAAACGCUGUCGUUUCCAAAAGCCGACGACAUCCAAACGCUUCUUUCCGCGGCGUUGACUAACGAGCAGACGUGUCUUGAAGGACUUACCACCGCCGCUUCUUCUUCCGCCACGUGGACUGUAAGAAACGGCGUCGCUUUACCUCUCGUUAACGACACGAAGCUCUUGGGCGUCUCACUCGCUCUCUUCACCAAAGGUUGGGUUCCAAAGAAGAAGAAACGAGCCGGGUUUGCUUGGGCCCAACCGAGAUCCGGUUCAUCGACCCACACUAAACCGUACCGUCUGUUCCGUAACGGAGCUCUACCGUUAAAGAUGACGGAAAAAACAAAAGCCGUUUACGAGUCACUCAGCAGAAGAAAACUCUCCGAAGGUGACGGUAACGGUGAUGGUGACGACGGAAGCAUGGUUCUGAUAAGCGAUAUCGUCACCGUGAGCCAAGAUGGAACAGGAAAUUUCACCAACAUCACCGCAGCUGUAGCGGCGGCGCCAAAUAACACAGACGGAAGCGCCGGUUUCUUCUUGAUCUACGUGACGGCGGGAAUCUACGAAGAGUAUAUCUCGAUCGCGAAGAAUAAAAGGUACAUGAUGAUGAUCGGCGACGGGAUUAAUCAGACGGUGGUCACCGGAAACAGAAGCGUCGUCGACGGUUGGACUACUUUUAACUCCGCCACAUUUGCUGUGACAGCACCGAACUUUGUUGCGGUGAACAUAACAUUCCGGAACACGGCGGGACCGGAGAAACCAGGCGGUACUAGGGGAUGCGAUGUCUAUGGAACGGUCGAUUUUAUAUUUGGAAAUGCGGCAGUGGUAUUUCAGAAUUGUAAUUUAUAUCCGAGAAAACCAAUGCCGAACCAGUUCAAUGCCAUCACCGCACAAGGCCGGUCUGAUCCGAACCAGAACACAGGUACGUCGAUCCAAAACUGUACGAUUAAGCCCGCUGAUGAUCUUGUUUCGAGUAACUAUACGGUUAGAACGUAUUUGGGUCGACCCUGGAAAGAGUAUUCACGGACGGUGUACAUGCAAUCGUACAUAGACGGUUUUGUUGAACCGGUUGGUUGGAGAGAGUGGAACGGUGAUUUUGCGUUAAGUACAUUGUACUAUGCAGAGUAUAACAAUACCGGACCUGGUUCAAACACUACAAACCGGGUUACAUGGCCUGGUUACCACGUGAUUAAUUCGACUGAUGCAGCUAAUUUCACGGUCACUGGUUUAUUCAUCGAAGAUGAUUGGAUUUGGAAAACUGGAGUGCCUUAUACCAGCGGUUUAAUUUCAUAGUAAUUUGUGAUUUGUUCUUAAUUACUUUCUUUUAUUAAUUUAAUUUAAAGAAACUGUAUUAUUUUUGUUGAACUGUAAUAAACCGAAAAUCAAGCUCAAUGCAAAGGAAAUGUUAGGCUUGGUAAUGUAACUGUAAACAAUUUUUACCAAAAGUAGGAAUUUAAUGAAAUUA